AUGUUUCUGUUACCACUUCCUUGGCUCCCGUCCCAUCAAGCUCCUGCCCGUGAAGGUGGACAGGAAGACCAGCAUCAUUGUGCUCUCAUCCCGCACCUCGCUGAACUACACCUUCCAGAACCUGCUGAAUUUUGGCCCGCUGAUCUACGACGCGCUGGACGACGUGCACAGCUUCAGUGCCAAGCUGUGUCCGGUGGCCUCAUCGGCAUCGUCGGCUCCUCCCUCCGGAUAUUCACAAUCCCCAGACUUGGCGUGAAGGUCAAACAGGACCCCAUGCCCCUCGCGUACACCCCGCGCAAAAUUCUGCUCGACCCAGCCACCAAACACGACAUCACUGUUGAGUCCGAGCACCACACCAUGGCCCCCGACGUCCAGGUUGCCCGGUUCGCCCUCCAGCCCGGGGAGGAGAGCCGACGCCAGUCGAGCUUGUUGCGACCCGCAUGCGCAUCCUCAUCGGCCCCCGAGGCCCGCUCGAGUAUCUCCAGCGCGUUGGCCUUCGUCGUCAAGGCCGGCCUCCUGGGCCUCCGCCUUGGCGCAUCAGCCGCCGCGCCCGUCCUUCUCGCCCUCCCUGGCGUGCUAGCCAGCGUGCUGGACGUCGAGGCAUCCGCCUUUGUUGCCGUCGCUGCCCUCUGGAUUGUCGACCGUUGA